ACCGCCACCGAUCGACGAAACCGUCUAAUGGCGUCGUCGCCGGCCGAGAGCCCGCCUACAUCCGUCCCUUCCACCACCGAUGCCACCGACUCCACGUCCGUCAUCGCUCGCUAUUCCAGCCGGUUCUGGAGGAUCUUGAGGGACCGCCUGCACUUUCGCGGCCCGCCCCUUUUUGGCCAGAUCUCCCGUGUCCACCGCCGCCACCGCAGGCGGAAGCACGGUCUCCCCCUUCCGAUGCGUUCGAACGCUGUCCGGUCUUUCUCAAUUGCCGCCAGAGCGUCAAGGGCAUCCUUUAUGUUAGAAGACAUCAUGGAGUGUAUAUUGUGUAAUUUGCAUAAAAUUCAGAAAAGUUUGCACUUUUGGCAAUCUCGGGCUGAGGGAACAAAUGCUCAGAAGAUUUAUUUCAUGAUCUUUGAAAGAGGACCACGGGCCUUAAUCGAUGGGACUUAUGAAAUGUUAAGCAGACUUGGAACGAAUGGAUCUCCCUUCCAGCAUUUAUCUCAUGCUGCAUCCAAUACAAUAUGUCACAAUAUAGCUAUUUUGACCAGUCUACAGCACUGCCUGGCUAAUUCUCUAGCACAGGUUUACUCGGAAGUUGACAAAUACGGGGAAAUGUUGAUUGAGGAUGCUGACAAGUCGUUGCCUCUAGUAUUGGAAGCCAUUAAUAGCCUUUUUUUGAAGCUAGAAGCUUCAAUUGGCCAUGCACAUUAUAUAUACAAGGGUGACAAGUCCUUAGUGUACCAGAAUGGCUCAUCUGUACUUCACCUUGAGAAAAUACCUGAGGAGCACCUAGCAAAGUCUCAGUGGACAGAUAUUGAGAUAAGGGAUGCUACAGAUCUGAUUUAUCAAAAUUUGCAGAGACUAGAAUUAUAUUUAUCUCUCAUUCUUUCCACCUGUCAAAAACCAAAGAGAUUGACAUUAUACUGGUUACGUUACACCUGCGGUGCAGUUGGCCUCACACUAUGUUCAGUGUGGUUUCUGCGACAUAGUAGUUUUAUGGGAAGCCCUGACAUAGACAAUUGGAUCCAUGAAGCAAAGGAAUCUGCAGCUGGAUUCUUGAAGGAUCAUGUUGAGCAACCACUUAUUUCCAUCAGAGAUGAACUUUUUGAAACAUUUAGGAAGAGACAAAAAGGUGUGAUGGAAAUGGAAGAGGUGCAGUUGACUGCUGAUUCUUUACACAGGAUGUUGUUGGCUUUCUGUGAGCAAACAAAAAGUCAAAAGCUACCAGAGAAUAUUCCAGAUCAAGAAAUGUUGGAAAUAGUCAUGGCUAGAUAUGAGAAAGAGGUGAUGCAUCCUCUUCAAAAUCUUUUGAGUGGAGAGCUUGCUCGAGCAAUGCUUAUUCAGAUUCAAAAGCUGAAACUGGAUCUCGAGACAGCAAUGCUUGAGCUGGAUCAGAUUCUCAGGGCAAAUGAAAUCAAUUUUGCUGUUCUUGCUGCUCUGCCAGCCUUUUUUCUUUCUCUUGUUCUGCUUAUGUUGGUCCGAGCAUGGGUGAUGCAGGAUAAGAGUGCAGAAGGCAGAGGGAGAGUUGCUCGCAGGCAAAGAAGGCUUCUUGUUGUCGAAGUUGAGAGGAGACUAGUGCAGUUCCAGACUUGCAUGGAUCAAGGAAAGGAGGAGGAUGCUCGAUGCAUAUACGGAAUGGUGCUGUAUAGCCUCGAUCGCCUGUACAAGGCGGCGGAAAGGCACGCAAAGGAAACAGGCGAGUGGAUGAGCUUGCAACAGGAUAUACUAGACUUGGCCAAGCCCAAUCUUGAAACUAUAUACAAGCUAACUGUUACUUCAAGAAUGGGGCAGAUGUAUGAUUGCUUGCUUCCUUCUUCCAAACGGCAGUAGUCAUUUUCUAAUCUUCUACAUUUCAGAAUGAAUUAAAUUUGUUACUUAUAUAUAUACAUACAUUAGCUUGUAUUAUUAUUCACGAAUGAAUUAAAUUAUUAUUAUUUUUAA